AAUACACAUUUCAGCAUGGCUUAGCGCGCCUGAAGUUUGUUAGCGUGAAUUUCUCUCAGAAAUUACGAAAAAAAUACCCUAACAGUUCCUCUGCGUCGGUGCUGCUACACGGUAAACUCGCUCCGGGGAGACAUUUGUCGGUGAGACGGUGUUGAUCGUUACUUUUUUGAGCGUUACCUGGUAACCGAGUGACGGAGCUGUGACGGUCCAGCGUGGCCGAGGACGCUUCAACCGAGUAACACCAAAUACUGAACCUAAAGACGCCGUGAUGUCGAAGGUUAACGCAAAGAAAACAGAGUCUCCUGCGAAAAAACAAAAGCGCACAUCUACAGAGACAAAGCAAACAUCGAGACGCAAAAGAAAAAAGUGGCUGCAAGUGAAGUAUGAGAAGUUAAAGCCGCCACCGCAGAAACAAGAAAAACCUAAAGUCCCGCAGCUCGCAGCUCCUCCAAAAGAUGUCCAACAUUUCUCUGCUAACUGGAAGACAUUACAGGAGAUGUUAAAGGCCAGUCAGCCAGAGAAGAAGCAGCCUGUGGUACCGAUACCUCAGAAUGGUACUCAGCAUAAAAAAGAGGCUUCUUCUAAAAAUAUUUCCAAGAACAUACUGGAAGACAGUGGGAAAAAAGCAAAGCACAAAACUGUUCCAAACAGUGUUGACUCUCAAGUGAACUCAGAGACAAAACAGUCUGCUGCUCCAAAAAGGAAAAAGGACAGCGGAAAGUCAAACAGUGAGCCAGCGACCAAGAAAAAGAAGCCUGUAGCUGAAGUGACAAAACCUACAGAAGACGACCUCUGGUUUGAUGAUGUAGACCCUGAUGACAUCGAGGCAACAGUGGGAGCCGAGGCAGCAGAGAUCAUGAGGAAGAAGCAGGGCAUUCAGAAGAACCAGGACGCACAGAGCGCACUGGUCAAGGAGAAAGCAUUUGAGGGCCUCACCAGAGCCGUGGCCAUUGAUUGCGAGAUGGUGGGAGUCGGUCCUGAUGGAGAGGACAGCAUCUUGGCCCGCGUGUCUCUCGUGAACCAAUUUGGGAAAUGCAUCUAUGACAAAUAUGUGAAACCCACAGAGAAAGUGACAGACUACAGGACAGCUGUCAGUGGCAUCCGACCAGAGGACAUCAGAAAUGGAGAGGAGUUACAGACUGUGCAGAGGGAGGUUGCUGCGAUCCUGCAAGACAGAAUAGUGGUUGGACAUGCCAUACACAACGACCUAAAGAUUUUACUCCUUGAUCAUCCAAAAAAGAAAAUUCGGGAUACUCAGAAGUACAAACCUUUUAAGAAGUCUGUAAAGAGUGGUCGACCUUCGCUGAAACUCCUUUGUAGAGAAAUACUCAACGUUAAGGUCCAACAGGGCGAACAUUCAUCUGUCCAAGAUGCACAGGCCACCAUGAGGCUCUACACAAUGGUGAAAAAACAGUGGGAAGCAGAGAUUAAAGCCAGCCACCAAAACAAAGACUCAUACAAGAAGAGUGUGAGAAAGCCCAUAGUUCCCAAGAACAACACCAAGAGUCUUGUGGGGUUAUGAAUCUAAAAUCAGUCUGCGAGAGGACAGAUCAUCUCCGGAUCAGAGCAGCCAUGACUGAAGUGAUUACAGGUUUGGAAAGAUGUCCAUGAAAAUAUUUUUAAACAGGUGGCCGUUCAGACACGACAUGCCAAGACAUAUAAAACUUGCUUGUGUUUGCCAAGAUUUACACAAAGCAAGAAGUGUUCUGCCUGAGCGUCCCAGGCUGUGACUCGCACAGGGAUUAAAACAUCUAAGAGAUCACUGAGCUUUUAUUUACACUGAUCCUUUCAGCCAUUUCCUUUCCAACUUUUCCCAGAACAUCAUUUCCCAAUAUGUUCUUCCCAGCAGCUGGAGGCAGGUGUUCAAAUCAUCCAGUUUCGUCUCUGGAGUGUUUAUGAGAACUUAGAAAACAUUUUUUUAUUGUGUUUCGUAAUGCUUCCAGUGUUAUGCGUUUUCCCGGAUCUUUAUUCUCUAAUAUCUUGGUUUGUUGUAACGUGAUUCCCGGUUGCCUUAAGUAAUAAAUACUUUAAAAAGUA